CACCACGCUGCUGGUAUCAGGUGUCAGAGCCACCCGUCGUGGUUAACUCCGAAGUCAGGCAUAGCGUCCGCAGGGGACCGGGAAUCUCUAUUGUCUGUGUUUUAACGGCUCCGAGAUUCCACAGAGGACUUGUCUUUCACCUCUUCAAUCAGCGGGGGCCGACUCUGGUUGCAGUGGAGGCGGGGCCUCUCCGUGCAUCCAGCAUCGAACCUGGUGUAUCCCCAGCACUCAACCGGACGCUCGUAGUUGUUGCGGGAAACUCCGGCAGAUGGCGCCGAUACCCAGGAGACGAUGGAACGGUAGUGCAGCAGCAGCGAGGCUGGUGCUAGGCCUUGUUUUGUUGUUGACGGUCAUGGGUCCCACUGGUGCGUCUCUCUUCAAGCGGAAACGGACGAAUAGCAAGGAAGUCCACCCUUCCGGAGGUGUCCCAUUCGGCAAGGGCGGCAAGGGCGGCAAGCGUGGGAAGGUUAAGGAAGACGUUGCGUGGCUACUAGAGGACACUAGUGAUGGGGGUUGGAAGCCGGUUAGGGAUGACGGCCAUGUUCAGGUGUGGAAGAGAUCUAUGCCCAACAGCGAUUUUGUUGCGAUCAAGUCGAAGGCAUCCUUGGCGGUUUCGCCGCAGGCCUUGUUUGAGGUCCUCACGCCCGGGGACAUCGAGAUCGUCAGACAGUACAACCCUUUGGUCGAGGAUGGCAUUGAUCUUGAGGUGAUAGACCGGGACAACAAGGUGUCCUGGAGCGCGACGAUGGGAAUCUGGCCCUGCCGCCCCAGAGACUUUGUGACGCACAUCCAGAGGGCCACCCUCGAGGACGGUAGCGUGGCGAUAGUUAACUCUGCUACCUCACACCCUAAGGCCCCAGUAGGUGAGAAGUACGUCCGCGGGGAGAUUUUGCACGGCGUGUUCCACAUCAAGGCGGCGAAGAACAAGAAGCACUCCGAGUUCACCAUGGUGCACCACUUCAGCCCGGGCGGAAACAUACCUCCCUGGCUGAUGAACUGGCUGGCCGAAGGAAAGCCGAUUACCUUCGUGAGAAAGCUCGAGGAAGUGGCGAAGAAGUGGGAUCAGCAGGCGGCGCUUACCAAGAGCAUGCCCUGCAAGGGAAGGGGAUUUGCGGACAAGCCGUGCGACUUUCUGUUGCCAACGGGUGACAGCAGCGAGGAAGGCGACACGCUGGCGGCGCCGGCAAGGGCGGCAGCAGGAAGCGGCGGCGGGGAGUGGGGGUCGUUGGUCAAAGCGUUAACCCUGGCGGCGUUGUUGGCGUACGCGUGGGCCCUCUUCUUCGACCGGCCGGCGGUGUUCGGAAAGAAGGGAGAACCCUCGGCCGCGGGAUCAGGCAGGAUGCCUGCGGAGGAGAAGAGUGUUACUCCUCACACUAGGGUGGCGUUGCCUGCCAAGCGUGAGAAACUCGCGGUGAUUUUACGGGAGGAGUCUGUCGGGGUCCCCGCAGUGGUGACCUCGGGAGCGGUGCCCCAUGCCCAUGCCGACGGUGAGAAGGCGGGCCCGGAUGGGAGAGACGCCAAGGAUCUGCGAGGGCCUAGCGGAGACGUACACCGCGAGGACGUGCCCAUGGCAGAGGGUGGUGACGGCGAGGUCGUGCCUGGCCGAGGAGAGUUGGGGGGCGCGACGGCGGAAAAGGAAGACCCCUCGCCUGCACCGGCACGCGAGACGCCCAGGGAAGAAUGCGGGGGACUCGUAGAACGGGCGGAAGUUCCGCCCGCGUCGUCGGGUUCUCGCGAAGAGCCCGACACCAGCUUUCUCGACGGAGAGGUGGAGGGAGCGAUUUCAAGCGGAGGGAGUGUGGAGGUGACGAAUAGCGGGCCAACGGCAGUGGCGAGUACGGUCGGCGGGGAGGCGGGAGAUUGCGGCGCAGCAGCGGUCGAAGACGCGAUUAGCGGAGGGGUCGCGGACACGGGGGCGGGCGAGGUAGAGCCGGCGACCGCGGUGGGGAGAAGCGACACGAUCGUUAGCGGGGACAGCGCCGGAAGUGGACAAUUGGUCACCGCUGGAGUGCGUUCAGUAUCGGACGCAGACAGAGCUGCGAUUGCUGUAGCACCAGCUGUGUUUAACGUGGGUAACGCAGAGCUGCCGCGUGGCAGCAUCUCUAGCGGAGAGGUAUGGUCAACGCCACUGCCCGUUGAAGGAACUUCGAGUGGUGAAGACAGCUGUGAAAUACUGGUAAAAGAGUGAGAAAGAACAACACGGGACAUGCGAGUGCAGCCCUCCCCUUGAACAGAGUUGCUAUUGAUAGUGCCCGUGGAAACGGUGAAGUUUGAAAUUUGCACGCUGAUUCAGAGUAGCAGGCGGGCUGAAGCUGCGAUAGCCGUAUGCUUGUGGCUGGUGGCUCAAGUAUCCCCGAGUGUGGACAAUGAUGUGUGUGACGCAGGAAUAGAUAGAUAUAUCUAGAUGGAUAGAUUGCGGUACGCCGCGAACACAGUGCUUUAGUGGAGAAUCUGGUCUCGGAAGGAAAUGCCAAGCGUGUUGUUCGCGCUAGAAGCAGGGCAGAAACAUGCUCGAGAGACCUAUCCCGGCCAGAUGGUGGUUGUAACGAUAGCAGUCGUGUAUGGCUAAUAGAGUUGCGUUUGUGUUGCCACCGACAGAUGAAAGGGUCAGUAAUUAAUUAGCAAGUGGAUCUUUUGCUCUAUCCUAUGUUUUCUUAUUGGUUGACAUCGGCGCAGCUGAAUUUUGAUUGGCAGAUGGUAUGCAUAUUUGGUCGGUGGGUGACGCCGGCCGGGGUAGAGACUCCACCAUGCUGAGAGAGAUCGGUCAAUACAGGACUCUGGUUCUUUCUUCUCGCUCUUUCUCCUCAUGAUGGCUGUCAACAUGAACCUAGUUUUUUUGUGCCCUGGUCUUCUAAACGAAGCGCUCUAAGUGAGCAACAUGCGUGAGUCGGCGUGUGUUCUUUUAGUAGUGUGGAAAAACGGAUAUUAUUUUUGUGGGCAGGAUGUUUGGAGUGACCAAGGCACAUGUCUUGGUGUGCUCGUGCUUGUCGCAACCAGCUAGCGACCGCGGCUGCACGACGUCAGGUGUUUUUCGUCGCGAUUUUGAAUUUUACCGAAUGGUUUUUUCCCUCCCGGACCAAGCACAAGUUCCCCAUCUACCGCCGGUCAUUGCUUAUGAGGAAAAAGACUACCCGUUCGAGAUGUACCCACGGUCGAACGGGAUGUGGUGGAGUCUUGUCUUGUUUGCAUGGAGCGCUCUGUGCAUUAUACCCGUAGGUAAAUGCAAGACGAAGACAAUAUCCCUUUGGUCCUUCGUGCUGGACGUGGAAAUGUACCAGAGAAAGUGCUGAAACAGAGGCUGAUCAGCAUCCACCCUCUUGCGUGUGCCUAUACUUGCCGCGAGAUGACUUUCGCGCGCUUCAAAAGCGAAGCAUCCGAGCUUACUUGGAGACAUGGAAGGACGCCUUCGGUGUCUUAUUUUUUUACUGUUUUUUUCGAUUUUUCCGGUUUCAGCUCUCGAAACUCGAAAUACUUGAAAGCUUAUUCCCCGCCUCCAUGACCGGCAGAACCUGCUUUCGUGAGCGACCGCAACAAGCAAGUGGCUUCAGAGCCCUCACCUAAAAAAACCAACCAUGCUCGACGUUUCUUUUUUCCUCGAUCCGAACAAACAUUUACCCAAACCGAGGUUGUGGACUUACAACAACAGUAAGCAAGAAAAUCGCGAGAACAGCACGAUUAUUCCAACACAACCCGUUUAGGUCCCCAGAUUUCCCCGUUUUCGCGUGCUCGCUCUUCACAUCCGCUCGUCUUGCAAAAGCUCCACUAGCGCACGUACACGUGGACGAAGACAACCAGCGUGGCCCCGCCACAAAAUGAAUCCUCCACGUCGAAAGUCCUAAAUAUCAUCGAACUCCAUACUGCUGCUGCUGUACAUUCUAUACGGCCCCCCACGGCCCCUUUUUCCACAAAAAAUACACGCUACAGCUCCCGUGCUUUUUCACGAGACCCCACAGCCAGUUGAGCCAGGUGUUUUUCCGUCAUUGUACAACCCCAAUUUAUCACGCACAAGCAACAACACGUCCGCGCCAAGAUACUGCGGAGUAAAUCAAGCGUCCAGCCUCCGCGCGCGUUCACCGUCUACACAUCCCGCCGUAGUUGUUGCAAGUAGCAGUCUCAUUACAUGCGCGCACCGGGGUCGAACAAGCGCUUUUCACUCCCAACUUAUCGCUCCUUGUGAGAGCACAACGUGCGAUAUCAAGGCAACAUCCCUACCCAUUCGUCACAUUUUCGUCACAUCUUGGCUGUGUCCUGUCGAACAUCGCCGGCAUAUUCAACGAGAACCCAAAUCGUUUCACUCGCCAUCGUCGAGUAGCAAAGCGUGCGACUUUUCGUUGGCGUGUCCUCUCGUCAGCCCGGACUUUUCGAAGACCACUAAAAGCCAAACGCGACCGAUUCGGUCGGACCUACA